CAAUUACAACAAAAUACCAGCAACAAAAAGAAAAACAACGGCAACAAAAUGGCUCAACGAAGUCAUCAAUAUUUUAGUUUACGAUGGAACAACUAUCAGAACACCAUGACUUCGGUGUUCCAACAGUUGCGCGAGGAUCUAUCGUUUGUCGAUGUCACCCUCUCCUGUGAACAUGGUUCACUCAAGGCCCACAAGGUGGUCCUAUCCGCUUGUUCAUCAUAUUUUCAAAAGCUUCUGUUGGAGAAUCCCUGCAAACAUCCAACGAUUAUAUUGCCGGGCGAUAUUAUAUUCACAGAUUUGAAAACCAUCAUUGAUUUUGUAUAUCGCGGUGAAAUUGAUGUUACCGAAUCUGAAUUACAGGUAAGUUGAUU